AUUUAAUCAAUUGUUACAACUUUUAAAAGGCUUUACAAAAACACAUACUUGAUUCAUAUUUGAUAAUACGGUAACAGUGAUCCUUGUCCAUUUUCAGACCUUGAUAUACAAAUUAUCAUGGGAGGAUAUGAGCAUUACAGACUUUGCAAUAGACAAUGCGAAAACACCUUUAUUUCUAAGAAAUAAGCGGGCCCGGAAAUACGUUGAUACCGGAAGUGUCGAAAUGGGUGAUUUAUCCUCAAGUAAUGAUGAUAUUAAAACGAUUGGUAAACUAGGCAGGAGAUUAAUCCGUCGAAAGAAAUUGAUUCAAUGGCGGCGAUGGAUUAUAGAUAUGCAAUUUGCCUUAGCUCUAUUUGGCAUUCUGUUAAUGAUAAUAGAAACUGAAUUAUAUAUCGCCGAUCACAUAAGUAAAGCUGGUGUUGUCUCGUUCUACAUUAAACUUAUUAUAUCUAUAAGUACUGCUUGCCUUCUUAUUGCCAUAUGGAUUGGUUAUUAUCUUGGAGCACAGAUACGAUCAGUAGAUGCAGGAGUUAAAAACUGGUUGUCAGUUAUGACUACCUAUACAUGGUGUGCUCUGGCGUUUGAACUGUUUUUAUGUGCAAUACAUCCAUUUCCGGGAGACAUAAAAUCGAACUACAAAUCACCUUACGGUGUAAAAAGGAAAGUAAGUAUUGAUGCAGUUGCUUCAAUUCUUAUGUUGACAAGACUUUAUUUAGUGGCGAAGUUUGCUGUUGUACACAGCAUGCUUUUGACAGACACAUCCACAACCAGCAUUGGAGCUUUAAGCCGAGUUAAGAUUAAUACAAUGUUUGUAUUUAAAGCUGCCAUGUCCAAAAAACCCGGAAUACUUCUUAUGUUGGUGAUGGUCUGUACCUUUUUGUGUAACAGUUGGGCAAUGCGAACAUGUGAACUAUAUUAUGAAAAGAAUAGUGAAAAGAAUAGUUAUCUUGAGAUCAUGUGGCUGGUGGCAAUAACAUUCCUGACGAUAGGGUAUGGUGACAGGACUCCACAGAGUUAUUGUGGAAGAUACAUUUCCAUUGUAACUGGAAUCAUGGGCGUUAUAACAACUGCUUUACUUGUUGCUAUUAUUACACGAAAAUUGGAACAAACAAGGGCAGAACGAUAUGUCUUUAAUUUCGUUAAUAGACUGCAAAACGAAAAUAAAAAGAAAACCGCAGCGGCCAAUGCAAUAAAAGCACUUUUAAGAAUAUCUAUUUUGAAAAAAUACGGAAAAGAUUAUAUCAAAGAAAUUCGAAAUUACGAAGACAAGCUUAAACAGCGUCUAAAGGAAAUGAGGACAGCUAUGGGUGAUAAAUACCAUAUUGGUGACGAGGCUGUAGGAAUGGUAGAUAUUGCACACGAGGUUAGCAAAAUAGAGGAUAUCAUAGUACGAAAUGCUAGUAAAACCGAUGGAGUUAAUAACAGGGUUGCUUCCCUUGAACUACGUUUAGAUUCUAUAGACAAAAAACUUGACAUCAUAUCAAAAAUACUUGUGAAAUGAAACAAUUGAAGUGAAAUUUUGGGUUAGAUAUGUGUUAUUGUUUUAGUUACAAACAUAGAGUUUAUAGUGAAAAAGUUGGAAAGUCAAUCUGUAAUAAUACAUACAGUACUAAAAAAUAAUAAUAUCUUUUAACCAACGGUUAACAUAACUUUGAACAGGGAAAUACACAAAUACAGUACUAGUUCCGACAAUUUACAUAGGUGGUAGAGCGAGUUACGAAGAUAUCCAGAGAGAGGAAAAUAGUUCUACGAAAUGCACAGAUUAAAUCUCAAGUUCUCUGUACUUGUGCUGCCAAAUAUCUAUAAAGAACAAUAAUAGCAGAACUUUAAAAUCAGUCAAAAGCGUUCACCGUGAUAUACUGCUUGAUUGAUAAGACAUCGAUUAACGAUUGCAUACAUUGCCAAACAAAAAAAAGAAAAAAAAAGAACUGAUGUUCAUUCAUAGCGAUUUGAUCUAGAAAUAAAGUCAUCCAUUGUCCACAUCAUACCUAACCGCUUUAUAAAAAAGGUUUCAUUUCUAGUUAAAAAUUACAUUCAUAAAUAUCCAUUGGAUAACAUAUGCUUGAGUUUGAAUACACAAUAAUACACUAACAUGUGACAAGCUGGUACACGCGCACAAGAUCAAAGUAUAGUCUGUGAAUAUCGUUUUCAUGAAAA